AUGUCUACGGAUAAGAUUACCUUCCUUACCAACUGGCACGCUACGCCUUACCACGCUCCUCUUUACCUUGCCCAGGCGAAGGGAUACUUCAAGGAAGAGGGUAUCAAGGUCGCUCUCUUGGAGCCAAAUGAUCCCAGCGAUGUUACCGAAAUCAUCGGCACUGGCAAAGUUGACCUUGGCUUCAAAGCCAUGAUUCACACCCUCGCUGCCAAGGCACGCAACUUUCCCGUCCUCUCCAUCGGCAGUCUCCUAGACGAACCCUUCACCGGCGUAGUCUACCUCAAAGAAUCCGGCAUCACCACCGACUUCCGCUCCCUCAAGGGCAAACGCAUCGGCUACGUCGGCGAGUUUGGCAAGAUCCAAAUCGACGAGCUCACCUCGCACUACGGCCUCACGCCCGACGACUACACCGCCAUCCGCUGCGGCAUGAACGUCUCCAAGGCCAUCAUCGACGGCGACAUCGACGCCGGCAUCGGCCUGGAGAAUGUGCAAAUGGUCGAACUGGAGGAGUGGCUCGCCAGCCAGGGCCGCGACAAGUCCGACGUGCAGAUGCUGCGCAUCGACGAGCUCGCCGAGCUGGGAUGCUGCUGCUUCUGCUCCAUCCUCUACAUCGGCAACGAGAAGUUCAUCGCCGAGAACCCCGACAAGGUCCGCGCCUUCAUGCGCGCCGUCAAAAAGGCCACUGAUUUCGUGCUCGCCGACCCGCACCGCGCGUGGAAGGAGUACGUCGACUUCAAGCCCGUCAUGAACUCCCAGCUCAACUGGAAGAUUUUCGAGCGCAGCUACGCCUACUUCUCGCAGGAUUUGAAGAAUGUCGAGCGCGACUGGAGCAAGGUCACCAAGUAUGGGCAGCGACUUGGCGUUUUGAGCCCCGACUUCAAGCCCAACUAUACGAAUGAGUUUCUGGGCUGGGGCCUCGAGCCGGACUCGUCUGAUCCGACUGGCGAUCAGAAGCGCAUGGUUGAACUGCAGCGCAAUGUUGCUUGCUGCGGUGGCUUCCAUCGCCUUCCUCUCACUGCCAAGGCUUAA